AUGGGAGACUUCAAUGGGAAAAUUGGCAAGCAAAGAUCAGGAGAAGAAAAUAUCAUCGGCGAAUACACCAUAGGAAAGAGAAAUAAUAACGGAGAACGACUAGUAAAUCUGAGUCACGAAAACAACCUGGCUAUCCUCAACACAUUCUUUAAGAAAAAACCUAGCAAAAAAUGGACCUGGAAGUCACCAGACGGUAGCUACCAUAACGAAAUCGAUUUCAUAACAAGCAAUCAACCCAAAGCUUUCAAAGACGUAAAGGAAGGAGAAGAAGAAGAACAAGAAGAAAUUGAAGAAAACAUGAUUGUUGAAGUUGAAUAUGAAGAGUAUGAGUCAGAUUAA